AUGGGGUUGCGCAUCACGACGUGGAACGGCGAGUGGCUUCAGUAUACCUCCGAGGCAAUGUUCGAAAUCUUGGAGGCGGACAUUGUGAUCAUGCAAGAGACCAAGAUUCAACGUAAGGAUCUGCGUGACGAUAUGGUUCUCGUCCCCGGCUGGGACGUUUUUUUCAGCCUACCAAAACACAAGAAAGGAUACUCUGGUGUUGCAAUAUACACCCGCAACGCGAAAUGCUGCCCGAUACGCGCCGAGGAGGGCAUUACUGGGAUUCUUCCCGCCCCCAACUCCUCCACUAGCUUUCGUGACCUGCCCGAGGCUCAGCAGAUCGGCGGCUACCCGCGACCGGACCAACUGCCUGGUGAGGUGGACGAAGCAACGCUCGACUCCGAGGGCCGCUGCGUGGUGCUCGAAUUCCAGGCCUUUGUCCUGAUCGGUACCUACAGCCCAGCCAUGCGUGACUCAUCCCGCGAUGAUUUCCGGCUCGGAUACCUCAACGCUCUCGAUGCAAGAGUGCGGAACCUCGUCGCGGCGGGGAAGCAGGUCGUCCUAACUGGAGAUUUGAAUGUGAUUCGUGAAGAGAUGGACACGUGUAACGUCAGGGAAGCACUGCGUAAGGAGGGCAUGUCGGUAGAGGAGUGGAUGGGGAUGCCAAGUCGGCGGUUGUUCAACCAUCUCGUCUUUGAUGGACGAGUCACCGGUGAAAGGGAUGAAGGACGAGAGGCACCGGUGCUAUACGACCUGACGCGUAUCUUCCAUCCCACAAGGCUGGGCAUGUUUACAUGCUGGGAAACAAAAAGGAACAUGCGACCGGCCAACAACGGCAGCCGGAUUGAUUACAUUCUUUGCUCCGCUGGCAUCAAGGACUGGUUCACAGGCUCCGACAUCCAGGAGGGCUUAAUGGGAUCAGAUCAUUGCCCCGUGUACGCAAACUUGGCCGACACUGUCAAGGUCGACGGUAGGGACACGUCUGUGCUGGAUCUCAUGAACCCUGUCGGCAUGUUUCGGGGCGGCGAACGGCUCAGGGAGUGGUCGGCCAAAGACCUUCUCCCCUUGUCUGCCAAGCUCAUACCCGAGUUCGACCGGAGACGGAAUAUCCGCGACAUGUUCAUGAAAAAGCCCGCCGGAAAGCCUUCGUCGAGCCAAGCCCCGAACGCCUUUGAGUCGCAUUCGCAGAGUCUCGUAUCCGAGGAUCUGACCACGCAGGACUCGGAAUCCUCGCAACAAGAAACUUUGGAGCCAUCAGCGUCCCAAUUAUCUAUCCAGUCAAGCCUAUCAGAGCCUCCGGCCUCACAAACAAGAUUCCCCUUGAAGCGGGCAUCUGACACAGCAAUACCCGCAAGAGGUCCCCCGAAGAGGACCAAGGCCAACGAACCAGAUCCCUUAUCCAAGCAAAGCACCCUUACAGGCUUCUUCAAACCUAAGCAAUCGCCCUCGAAGCCGCCACCCGCCGAGACCGGUACGGCGAUGGCCAGGACAAAGAAUAGAGGCGCAGCAGCCCCAGUCGGUGACCUGGGUCACCCACCCCCCUUGGGAGUAUCAAAGGCCCCUCCUCCUCCCGCAGGUGCAGCAGCAACAGCAGACGCCCCGCCGCCACUAGCACCUUCCCCGUCGCCUUUGGCAACCUCUUCCACCGCCGCUACGGUGUCUGGGCUCGACACCGCUGAAAGGGUCUUUGAUCCCAUCGAGGUCAAGGAGUCUUGGUCCAAGUUCAACCUGGGGAAGAGGGUCGUGCCAAGAUGCGAGCACGGGGAGCCCUGCAUCAUCCUCCAGACCAAGAAACCAGGUGUCAAUUGUGGCAGGUCGUUCUACAUUUGCGCCCGGCCUCUCGGACAAUCGGGACAAAAGGAGAAGGGAACGGAAUGGAGAUGUGGAACUUUCAUCUGGAGCAGUGACUGGAAGAGGGAUCAGUCAUAG